AGUUGUUCCUCUGCAGCAAUGGCUUGGCUUGUAGUCAGAUUAGCAAUAUCGGUGUCUUUAUUAUAUACUGCAUCGGCGGUAUUUGAAGACCAGGUUGGAAAGUUUGAUUGGAGGCAACAGUACAUCGGCAAGGUGCGUUUUGCCUUGUUUGAUACUCAUUCUCAAGCGUCUAAAAAGCUCCUGGUGGCUACCGACAAGAACGUGUUUGCUUCCCUAAAUUCAAGGACUGGAGACCUGUUUUGGCGGCAUGUGGACAAGACUGGACCAGAGGGCCAUAUUGAUGCACUGCUUAUGCAUGGCCAGGAUGCUGUUGUUGUUGUUGGGAAUGGCCGUCUGCUUCGCUCCUGGGAGACCACUGUUGGAGGCUUGAAGUGGGAGACGGUGCUUGAUUCUGGAAGUUUUCAGGCCGCUGCUUUAGUUGGAGUUCAAGAUUAUGUGAAGUACGUUGCUGUGCUGAAGAAAUCGACAAUCGCUCUCCAUGACCUUUCAAGUGGCAGCCAAACAUGGGUGGAAAACCUGCCUGACAGUGACACUGUUCAGUAUCAAACCAUUUACUCUGGGGGAAAUGGCCUGGUGUUUGUUUUGGGAGUUUUGCCGAACUCUCAUAUUGUUAUUGUUGAAUACAAGAUUGAAGAUGGAGAAAUCAUGAACAAGAAAUCAGUGGAGGCCGCAUGGAUGUCGAGCCUGGAGAGCAGCUGUGUAGUGGUCAGCUCGGGGAUCCUGAUGUGUGUGGAUCAGAUAACACAGUCCCUGUAUACUCAACCACUGCACUCUGCCGAACAGACAGAAAUGAGACAGAUUCAUCUUCAGACGCUAGAUUUGGAGGUGGCGUCUGGAUUUCAGCCUGUUCUGACAUCCACUCAGCCCAGUCCAGCACAUCCUCCUUUGGCUGAGUUCAUCCUGCAGCUCAGUCCAGAUCAUCACAUCCUGCUGCAGCUCAAAGACGGACUUAUUGCUCCGCUCCGAGACUUCAGUCCAUCUUAUCUUGCUGCUUUUGCCACAUCUGGAGAGAAGACAGUUGUUGCUGUGAUGUCCCCAAAGAAUGAUACUGCCUGCAGCAUCAAUCUGUUCAGUGCUGACACUGGCCGCAGGCACCUUGACACAACCAUUAUCUACCACACGGACCCUUACGGAGGAAAACCAAAUAAAUUGUAUGUCCACGCCUUCCUGAAAAAAGAUGACUCUGUGGGCUACAGAGUCAUGGUACAGACGGAAGACCUUACACUCACAUUUCUACAGCAGCCUGGCAGGGUGGUCUGGAUGAGGGAGGAGGCUCUGGCUGAUGUGGUCAACAUGGAGAUGGUUGAUCUGCCACUCACUGGGACACAGGCAGAGCUGGAAGGAGAGUUCGGAAAGAAAGCUGAUGGACUGUUACCCAUGGUUCUCAAGCGUCUCUCUUCCCAGUUCAUCCUGUUGCAGGCCUGGAUGGCUCAUCUCUGGAAACUCUUCUACGAUGCCCGAAAACCCCGCAGCAGUGUGAAGAACGAGGUCACCAUUGACACACUGUCUCGUGAUGAGUUCAACCUGCAGAAAAUGAUGGUGAUGGUUACUGCCUCUGGGAAGCUCUUUGGUAUUGACAGUAGAUCAGGGACCAUUUUGUGGAAGCAAUAUUUAGAAAACAUCAAGCCCAAUUCGGUUUUCAAGCUCAUUGUGCAAAGGACUACUGCCCACUUUCCACAUCCUCCACAGUGCACACUUCUUAUAAAGGACCAGGAUACAGGGCUUGGAAGCCUGUAUGUCUUCAAUCCCAUCUUCGGCAAGAAAAGUCAAAUUAGUGUCCCUGCUUUACCCAGACCUAUCCUUCAGUCCCUUCUGUUACCUGUCAUCGACCAGGACUAUUCUAAAGUCCUUCUACUUAUUGAUGAUCAGAACAAAGUCACAGCAUUUCCAUCUACAAAGAAUGUUCUGCAGCAGCUUCAGGAGACUGCGUCUUCCAUAUUUUUCUACCUAGUGGACUCCAACCAGGGAAAGCUGUCGGGUUUCCGUCUGCGCACGGAUUUGUCUACAGAGCUGAUCUGGGAAGUCGUCAUUCCUACUGAGGUGCAGAAGAUAGUGGCUGUCAAAGGAAAGCGUGCAAAUGAACACGUGCAUUCCCAAGGCAGAGUCAUGGGGGAUCGUAGCGUGCUCUACAAAUAUCUGAACCCUAAUCUCUUGGCUGUGAUAACUGAAAGCACAGACACUCAUCCGGAGCGCAGCUUUGUUGGAAUCUUCCUGAUUGACGGUGUGACUGGCCGUAUUGUGCAUGAGGCGGUGCAGCGAAAGGCCAGAGGACCAGUUCACUGUGUGCACUCUGAAAACUGGGUGGUUUAUGUGUACUGGAACUCCAAGUUUCGCAGGAAUGAGUUUUCUGUGUUGGAGCUGUUUGAGGGAGCAGAGCUCUACAACAGCACGGUGUUCAGCUCUCUGGACAGACCUCAUCCACCUCAGGUGCUGCAGCAGUCCUACAUCUUUCCUGCACCCAUAAGCACAUUGGAGGCCACACUUACAGAAAAAGGCAUCACCAGUCGACACCUUCUCGUGGGGCUGCCAUCAGGCAACAUUUUAUCCUUACCAAAGAUGUUUUUGGACCCCAGGAGACCAGAAGUUGUCUCAGAACAGAGUCGGGAGGAAAAUCUUAUACCAUAUGCUCCAGAAAUGCCCAUUCGUACAGAAUGGUUCAUUAACUACAACCAAACCGUAUCAAGAGUAAGAGGCAUCUAUACUGCCCCAUCUGGCCUGGAGUCAACCUGUUUGGUGGUUGCAUACGGCCUUGACAUCUACCAGACCAGAGUGUUCCCUUCCAAACAAUUUGAUGUCCUUAAGGAUGACUAUGACUAUGUCUUAAUCAGCAGUGUCCUCCUUGGUCUCUUCUUUGCCACCAUGAUCAGCAAACGUCUAGCGGAAGUGAAACUGCUCAAUAGGGCAUGGCGAUAAGACUCAUCCCGAUGGCCUGUUGACUUCACUCUCGCCUUCACUGCAAUGUGGUCGACACAUUGAUGGCAGAAGACCAGCUGGUGACCAUGUCAAAACCGCAAGAUCAUUUGACAAGUUUGGUGUAUUUUUGCAAUCAGCUGUCUUGGGGAUCUUGUGGUGUUUUGAGUGUAAGUGCAAAGAUGGCCAUGAUAGUUUUUCCCUUUUCAGAGAGACAUAAUGAUGUAGGUUUAGUUUUUUCCCCCCAGCAUUGAACAAUUCACUGUCUAAUUUGUUUAUUUAUUGUGCCUUUCGGGGUAACAUUACUAAUGUGAUUUAAAGGUAGACUCACCAGGGAUAACAUAAAAACAUAUGUCGCGUUUUUCCAUUAUAGAUUUGAUUCAGUAAGUCUCGAGUCUGCCUUUCAAAGAGGUUGAAGGAUAAAUUAAAACUGAGGAGGAAUUGCUGCAAAGGAACUGCCAUUGUUAUAUUUCAAUUAAUGAAAAGAUUGAUUUGAUUGAUUGAUUGAUUGAUUGAUUGAUUGAUUGAUUUUUGGAUUUUAAGUUUAAUUAUUCAAGUUACUAUGUAUGAGCUGAUGCUAAUGAAUAUAUUGGCUUCUCAUGAACAGGAUUUGGAUGGGCAAACAUUAAUGCACAUGAGAAAUGUGAAAUUUCAAGCUGUUAAAGGUUCCGCGUUUGAAGGAGUUUGGGUAGUUUUAUUUGUACUUUUAUUUUAUGGUAUGUCAAAUGCACUGGAUGGUUGGGAGCCAUGUUCUUCUUACUUGAUAUUUAUGAGCAAGAUCCUAAUGCCAUAUCAUACAUUCAUUUUGACGCUUACACGUUACAAAUCCCUGUGAUUUUACUAUUGUGUAAAAUGUUUCUACUUGUUUGACUUUCAUAAAUAAUAGGCCUGUUUAUAUACAUACUUUUGAAAGCAUCCCCUCUGCUGCAGAUUAAUGAUGUCAGAAAAAAAAUAAGUUUAUUAAUAUUUGUAACUAAAGGGUAGGCAUUCAGUUAAGUUGGUAACCUAAUGAUUUUUUAAACAUGCAUAAAUUAUUUGCUCUUUUAUCCCUGACCGAUAAUAAAGAAUACACCCUUAUUGUU